AUGACGGCAGGGCGGAAAAGUGUGUUCCUUUUUCUCAUGAAUCUAGCUUGGAAGUGCAGGUUCAGUAUGCCUCUCCUACUCAGCGGUACUCUAGCGCUGCUAGGUCAAGCCUGGAUGUUCCAAAUUCGAGUUCAGACUGUGCAUAGGCUUCAUGAGAACGAGUUGGCAUAUUACGACGACGACGAAGACUUCGAAGACGACUCUUGGGAGACUGAAUCCACAGACUCCUGGGAGACGAUAGUCGAGGAGACGGCAUAUGGAUGA